AGAAUAGACUAUAGGGGAUUCUUUUUGAUACCUAUGCGUAACGGAAUAUUCUCGGGAAUGUUCGGAAACGUUUCGUAGAUUUUGAACGAAACAAUGAAAGAGAAAGAGAUAUAUCUAUUAAAACGUUAUUAUACACAAGUACGGUUCCUCCUGGAUUUUGGUUGCCUCUGCACUUGCAGUAAUUGAUGAUGUUCAUCAGUUCAUUCGAUCAGAGAAAUCAGAGGAAUUACAAAAAGUAUUGUGCAGUUACUAUUAUGUCGAAGGUUGAACACACUUUUUUAUUGAUAUAAUAUCCGCACCUUGAAAAAACAUUGGAACUGUGUUUUAUAUAUCUUUAAAUUAACUGACACAUUAAUACAGCCGCUUAUUGUACAUAUAACGUGAAUAAUUAUUUCAAAAUAAUAUUUAAGUAAUUCUUUCUUGAGUUUCUGCAUAUAUCGGACUCUCGAAAAGUAAUUAUGUCUCAAAGAAAGAGAACUAGAGCAAAAAGUGAUGAUUUGUCAAGCAAAAAAAAACUCAAGCAGUCGAACAUCGUAGAUUAUAUGACACAAAUACAAGCGACUUUAGAAAUUAAAAAUGUAGAUAUAAAGGAACAUACAUCUACUACGGAAGCAAAAGAAGAUACCUCUGAGCUUGCUUCUACAAUAUCUACAUUUAUCUCUGAUAGAUUGUUAUCAAUUGAACAAGAGCUUUGUACCAAAUUAAAAGAUAUUACUUUUCCAUCAUCCAUACAAUAUAUUUACAAUCCACUCGAAUAUGCAUCUGAAACACAUGCCAUGUAUGUACACAAGUAUUGUACUGGCAUAAAAAAGAUCUUGUUCGUUGGUAUGAAUCCUGGACCAUGGGGCAUGUCACAAACCGGUGUGCCAUUUGGAGAAAUAACUAUGGUGCGAGAUUGGCUCAAAAUCUCUGGUCCUGUUGGCAAACCCUCAAAAGAACAUCCUGACCGAAAGGUGAUAGGAUUCCAAUGUACACGCAGUGAGAUUAGCGGAUUAAGGUUGUGGGGCCUCUUUCGAGAGAUAUGCGGAAAUCCCGAGAACUUUUUCCGAUAUGCAUACAUGCACAAUUAUUGCCCACUGGCAUUCAUGGAUGGCAAAGCUCGAAACAUCACACCGGCAGAAAUAAAGGGUGACGGACAAAAGACUUUACACGAGGCUUGCGACAAAUCCCUGAUAGAUAUAAUACAACUUCUAAAAGUAGAGAUCGUUAUUGGCAUUGGCAACUAUGCCGAAAAAAGAGCACAACUUGCAGUCCAAACAGGAGGUCUUCCAGUACAGGUGAUAGUUCUGCGACAUCCCAGUCCAAGAGCAGUAGGUAAUCAAAAUUGGAAAGAAAUAGCUAAGAAGCGGCUAAAUGAGUUGGGAUUACUUAAAUAUUUUGACAAAGCAAGUACCGCUGUUGUCUAA